GUUUGUCCACUGUGUGCUAGUCUAUCGUAUUUUGUUGACUUUGCCAUGAGUGGCCAAUCUGUCCAGCUAGCUGAGUUGGAGCGGAAGGCUCGUUCUGAUGCAGUGAAACGCAUUGCGGAGUUGUUUCAAAAACCUGAGCAACUUGAGAAAAUCGAAUUGGUUCGAUCUCGUUUCGUCAAUCAGAAGCUGGCAACAGAGGCCCAAUUGAAAAUGGCUCUGCACAGUCAACUCGACGGCAGUAAAAUCGGACUGGAUAAAUUAGAUGCAGCUUACACUGAAGCUCAAACUUGCAAGAGACAUUUGUUCGAGUUGACUGCCGCUUUGCAAACCAUAGACGGUUUGCCGUCAAGCUUACUGGAGCUAAAGAAUAUUUCAAAGAAAUACAGCCAAUUAGCUGCAGCUAUGGAGAAUAUGUCUUAUCUUGUGAAAGCUCCUGAAGCCAUGGAUCAGGCACGGACUUAUAUUGAAACGGAUAAUCUUCUUGAUAUGCACAAAAUUCUUCAGGAAUUGGAAGGUAUUCGGGAUGAGCUAAUGUCCGAAGUGUAUCGAGAACACUCAAAAGCAGAUCUUGAGACUCUGCGAGCUUAUUUCAAAGGGUUGGACGAAUUGAAUAGUCUAUUUCGGAGUCAGAUCACAUUAAUCGGAUCCAGGAUCACGAGUGCUGUUGUUACUCAGCACCGAUUUGUCGUCGAUUGUGUUCGAGUUAUUGACCGCGAAGAACGUGCUGAUGCCAUUUGGGAGAAACGAUGUGAGAAGAAUCAGUUCAAACCAGAUGGAAGGCCCAAACGUUGGAAGCAGUUGCUAUUCGAUUCGAUCGCACAGGCCAUACGAGACAAGUCGGUGUCACCUCUUGAUUUUCCGUUUGUUAUGCUAAAUAAUGUUUAAAAUCUUCCAAUCGUAUCCGUAGGCUGUCUCCUGACAUCUGUCCGAGUCUCCUCUUUGACCAUCUGUUGGUGUGAACCCCUUUUAGCAAACUCACUCGUUAUGAUGCUGUCUUGCCAAUUCCUAUUUCAAUGUUCGUUAUCAGAGUUCUUCACCCCACUUCGUGUGACAUUAGUCUUAUUUCCACUGCCCCCAAACUUCUCACAGGUCUCAUUCUUCUAUGAGUUAUUGGUCUUUGUAAGAGCGGAGUCAUUGCGAACCAGGUCAGCUUACGCUCUUCACUCUGAUCUUCGUGUCAUCUUGUGGCAGUGUCUAUCCAUGAAGAAAAUGCUUGGAAAACUC